AUCAUAUCGUCCAAAGAUGGCGGACCUUCUGGGCUCGAUCUUGAGCUCGAUGGAAAAACCUCCAACCGUUCACGAUCAAGAAAGCCGACGGAAAGCUAGAGAACAAGCAGCCAGACUGAAGAAGCUUGAGGAAGAUGAGAGGAGGAAGAAAGCAGAGUUCAGGAAGAAGAUGGAGAAGGAAGUGUCAGAUUUCAUUAAGGACAGCACACUGCAGAAGAAAAAAUAUAACCCAAUGGGCAAGAUCGAGAGAAGCAUUUUGCAUGAUGUAGCUGAGGUGGCUGGACUGACAUCGUUUUCCUUUGGCGAGGAUGAAGAAAGUAGAUAUGUUAUGCUGUUUAAAAAGGAGUUUGCACCAUCAGAUGAAGAACUGGAAGCUUAUCGUAAAGGAGAGGAGUGGGACCCGCAGAAAGCUGAGGAGAGACGCAGGCUAAAGGAAAAGGCAGCACUGGAGGAGGAAGCGGCUAGUCACACUCAGAAAAGGCCUGCGUCGCCCAAUUCAAACUACAGAGACAAAUACAGCCAUCUGAUUGGAACAUCUGCUGCUAAAGACGCCGCCCACACACUUCAAGCCAACCGGGCAUAUGGCUGCGUUCCUGUGGCCAAUAAGAGAGACACUCGCUCCAUUGAGGAAGCCAUGAACGAGAUCAGAGCCAAAAAGAGGCAGAAGAAGGGCGACGAGGAAGCUGCAGGCAGCGGCAGCAGUGUGUGAGAGGACUGCGUGUGUGUAUGUGUGUGUGUGAUCAGUCGUUAUGCACAAUAUAAAGGUGAUGGAACAGUAUUUAACUCCUAUAACAAUGUUUUACAUGAACAGCCGGAUGUGGCACAGAUGAACUGUCAUGCACAUAAAGGUGGUCCAGAGCUGCCGUAGUAUAAAUGCACUGUUCAACCAUGCUUUAAGCUCUAUAUUACUGUGUUUUUAGAGAGUGUUCUUAUAGCAAAAACCCAAACAUGGUGUGUAAAUUUGAUAAUUCUGUAUUAUUUUGGCAUGUGCAUCUCUUAUAGCUGUUUAAAAGGCGUUCUUCAUUUAAAGCAUUUGGUUUUAGACUAGGUCGCAUUUUCAUCGGUUAUAUUUAUUGCCUUCAUAGCUGUUUGCUUGACUUCAUGACCAUUUUAAUCACAUUUAUUUGUAGUUAUCUUGUUAUAAAAAGGGAUAGUUCACCCCAAACAUAAACAUUUCAUCACCUUCAAGUGGUUCUACAGUUGUAUGAGUGUCGUUCUUCGAGAUAUCCUGGAGAGUUUUGGAAAGCGGCAGCCGUUGACAUCUGUAGUAGGAGCAAAACAAUACUAUGGAUGUCUAUAGCUGUUUAUUUUCCCAUCAUUUUUCGGUAUAUCUUCAUUUGGGUUGAAGAAAAGAAAGAAAGUCAACUGUAGAUGGUGAAAUUCUUUCAUUUUUGUGUGAACUAUCUUUUUAAUGAGCAGAUUCUUGUCAUUUGGUUCGUUUUAAAAUUAAUUUGAGGACUAGUCUUGUCUUUUUUUUGUACGCAGUUGUUGUAUGCAGUGUGUGUUUAUUGGGUUCUGAUAGUCAUGCAUCUCAUCACAUGUGUGUCAAUAAUAUUUAGUCAAUUUACACUGGCUAACCAUCAUUCUGGGUCGUGGAUCAUUAUUAUGUCCUCGUUUAUAUUCUUAGAUAUAUACAUCUAUGGUAUAAAUGGACUAGAUGGAUCAAACAUGAUGUUAUAUGAUAUUUAAGCCUGUUGUAAAAGACAAACCUACAUCUAUUUCAAAAUAAAGCUUCAGAGACAGUGUUAAAGACACUGAAUGCUCAUUAAUGGAUUACAUUUAUCAUUCUUUUAGUUCACUGAGUUGUUUUUCAAGACUAUUUGGAGAAAUAAAAGUGUGUGAUGUCUUAGA